AUGAAACAGAAGAAACAGAAAAUACGCGUUCGUUGUAUUCAAAUAUAUCUCACAGAAAGUGAAUACAGAGAUCAUUUAGAAUAUCGACCCAUUUUGCUAGGCAAACCCGCAAUAGUAGGCAAACCCGCAAAAGAAGUAACGUUUCCUUCUUUUGAGGAUUUUAAAGAGAUUAAAGAAAAAAUGAAAUACAAGAAUGACAAGCAAUUGGAGAUACUUGCAUUGGAUUUACUAAAUAACAGCGCUAAUCAUUUCAAAUUCCAUUGUGUACUUAUAUCUUUCCCAUUAGAAAUAAUCACGAAUGCUUAUAAUGAGUAUAAUAAUAAUAACGAGAAGUAUGAGUAUAAUAUUUUCACCUCAUGA